AUGCCGAAGAUAGUAGUGCUUAUAUCAGGGGGCGGAACAAACUUGCAGGCCCUGAUCGAUGCGUCCACAGGGAGCAGUCCCCGAAAGUUGAACGGCAUCAUCACACGGGUCUUCUCCUCCUCGGCGAAGGCCUACGGAAUCACGAGAGCAGCCAACGCCGGCAUCCCCACCACCGUGCACACCCUCAAGUCCUACUACGAAGGCAUUCCACGCGAGUCCACGGAGCAGCGCAAAGCUGCCCGGGACCGCUUCGACGCAGACUUGGCUCAGCUGGUUAUUGCCGAGAAGCCGGACCUCGUGGUCUGUGCCGGCUGGAUGUUGAUUCUCUCGCUUGCCUUCCUCAGCCCGUUGAAGACCGUCGGUGUCCCGAUCAUCAACCUCCACCCGGCACUCCCCGGCGCUUUCGACGGCACACACGCCAUCGAGCGGUCCUGGGAGGCUGGCCAGAAGGGCGAGGUCGCUAAAGGCGGCUGCAUGGUCCACUAUGUGAUCGAAGCCGUCGAUAUGGGGGAACCGCUUCUCGUGAAGGAGUUCCCCGUCGUGCAGGGCGAGUCCGUCGAGACCUGGGAGGCCAAGAUCCACGCUCUCGAGCACGUCGCCAUUGUGGAGGGCGCCCAGCAGGCCCUCCACAAUGCCGGCUUCGCAUGA